AUCGUAUGGUCAGGCGAGAGAAUCGUGGAUGUAUAGCCAUUACCCCACGAUUGCGUCGACCACGACAUCGCGCACUAGCUCUACGACGACAGUUGCACAGCCUCGGCAACCAGAUAGAGUGCUCGAUUGGUGGUGUUCCAUGCAUGGGGUUGAUGCAAAGGGACAGAGAGUCAUACCUGAUCCCGGAACAAAACAGAUAGCUAAUGCCAUUAUUGGCUUGAAGGAAAAGGAGGCAACUGGUGAGUUCACUCCUAGAGGACAAGUUGAUGCCUUACACGAGACUCUAGGACGGGACCAAUAUGGACGUGUGAGGGGUGUAGGAGGUGUCCGCCUCGGGGUCAGAAAGGUGUAUGGUGAUCAAUACACCUCUACGUCAAAAUCCAGUGCCUCUAAUUCUCCAGUCAUUACGGAUAUCGAGGUGUGCAAGGCCUUACUCAACCGUGCUUUUGGCUACAUGAGUGCGCUUAGCGAUGUAGACGAGAAGCAAUGA